GACACACUCUCUCUCUCUCUCUCUCUCUGCCUUCUUAUUUUAUACCAUCUCUCCUCCUUUCAGCUUCCCCUUUUCUCAACUCUCUCUCUCUCUCUCUCUCUUGUUGGAUGGUCUGUGAAAAAUGGCUGUAGAGUUGAUGCCGGGCUAUAGUUUUACGUCUAAAAUGGAAGAGAACGCCGCCCAAGAAGCGGCUGCCGCCGGCCUUCAGAGUGUCGAGAAGCUUAUCAGAUUACUCUCUCACACCCAUCAACAAAAUUUCUCAGAACAAUCAUCCCCUAAACUUGACCCAGUCACCACAGCCGAUUACCAGGCGGUGGCCGAUGUCGCCGUCAACAAAUUCAAGAAGUUUAUUUCUCUACUUGACCGCACCCCGCGUACCGGCCACGCCCGCUUCCGCCGCGGCCCGGUUUCCAAUUCCACUCCGCCACAGCAGAAGAUCGAAUCAGCUGGUCCUUCAACCCAACCUCCAAAAACCGAGGAUAGUGCUACUGCUCCCGGUUCAAGAAUUUAUUGCCCCACGCCAGUCCAGCGGCUGCCGCCGCUGCCGGUGCCCCACCACCACCAACAGCUGGUGAAAAACGGGUCCCUCGAACGGAAGGAGUCAUCAACCACCAUAAACUUCGCCUCGCCGGCGACUUCUUUCUUGUCUUCGUUGACCGGGGACACGGAGAGCCUGCAGCCAUCGAUGUCGUCGGGUUUUCAGAUCACGAAUCUCUCUCAGGUUUCCUCCGCCGGCCGACCACCUCUGUCCACGUCGUCGUUCAAGAGGAAGUGCAGCUCCAUGGAUGACGCCACCGCCAAGUGUGGCAGCGGGUCGUCCCGUUGCCAUUGUCCCAAGAAAAGGAAAUCAAGGUUGAAGAGAGUAGUAAGAGUUCCAGCUAUAAGCAUGAAGAUGGCUGACAUUCCACCUGAUGACUACUCUUGGAGAAAGUAUGGUCAGAAGCCCAUCAAGGGUUCCCCUCAUCCUAGGGGAUAUUACAAAUGCAGCAGCGUGAGAGGGUGCCCGGCCCGAAAGCACGUGGAGAGGGCAUUGGACGACCCGACAAUGCUAAUCGUGACCUAUGAAGGAGAACACAAUCACGCCCUUUCCAGUACAGAAGCGCCUGCACUGGUUCUUGAAUCAUCUUGAUCCCAUCGAUAGAAACAAAACCCCCACCCGAGUCCCAUCACGCCCAACGGCCUAGAUUCUGCCCCCACCCCACAAGAAAUGGAACAAGUUCGAUCACCGCCGUCCAACGCGUGGAGAGAUGGUCAACCCCCUUUAUCAACUCCCAAGACAAAAACAUAAAUGUGGGGUCCCAUUUUGUUUGUUUUUGUGACUCUUUUUUCUUCUUUAUGUUUUUUCUUUAAUCACAGCCGUUGAAAAACCUUUGAUUCUCUCUGUGGAAAAAGAGUGAAAAAGGAAAGAAAAAAGAGAGCGGAUUGUGUGGGUUUGGUGGGAAGGGAAUUGAAUCAUCCAAGUGCUGGAUUUUCUUCUUUCUUCUUCUUCCAAAUUGACAUAUAAUAUAUAUAUAUAUAUUUAUACUCUU